AUGCGUCCCGUUCUUAUCUCAAUCUUCCUCACGGCCACCGCCGUUCUGGCUCAAAAUUGCGGUCCCAAAUACAAGAACAAGGUCUGCGCCGCCGGGAGCUGUUGCAGCCAAUAUGGAUGGUGCGACACCACCGCCGCCCAUUGCGACCCGGCCACAUGCAAGCCCGAAUUCUCGGGUCUGGGAUCCAGCUGCAAGGCCAAGACCAAUAGCGCCACGACUCUGGUGACGACUUCGAGGACUGGCACUACUUCAGCCUCUGGUUCUCAGGCAACGUUCAUGAUGGAGGUCCCACAUAUCGACGUCUGUGGAAAAGACUCGAACGGCAUCACAUGCCCCGGCGCUGGAACCAAUGGAUACUUUUACCGCUGCUGCAGCUCGGCGGGACACUGCGGUCCUAAGAACGAUAUCCAAGACCAGGCCAUGUACUGCGGCACAGGCUGCCAGCCUGGUUUCGGCAACUGCCUGCUCGGCGUGGCCAAGCCUCCCCUGCCAACCAGCGCUCCCGGAAUUUCGCAGAGCGGUGAGACUUGCGGCCCUAUCGUGAACAAGAAGUGUGCGACUGGUCUUUGCUGCAGCGGCAGCAACUUCUGCGGCACUGGCGAGGACUUCUGUGGCGCCGACAACUGGUGCCAAAAGAACUGGGGACACUGCAACUAA